UAGUUGCUGUUCCCUUGUUUAACAUGUGUACUGUUGGGUUGAGUUGAAGCUGAUACUGAAGCAUUGGACGUCUCGCUGCUUGCCGGCACCAUUACCUCUUUGAAACAUGCUCCGGUGCGUCACGUGGACAUGGAGCAGGUGGAGGACAGCUUCACCUGCCGCUCAGAGGGGAUCUACCCCGAGCCACAGCUCACCUGGUCCACCAGGCCUCCGUCCAACGUGACCCUUCAGAACCAAACCUCAGUGAAGGAGACAGAGCAGCAGCUCUAUGAGAUCAGCAGCACAGUGACACUGUCAGACAGAGACUCUGUUCUGAUCUGCAGCAUCAGCACUCGCAGUGGGAGGAGGAGCGCGGUGUGGUAUCAACCCACUCCCGUCCAUGUGUCACCGAGUGAAACAACAACAACAAUCAACUGCACUGCUCCAAACACCAAACCCCCGACACACCUGCUGUGGAAGUUCAACCACAGUCAGAUCAUUGUGAACCAGACCGGGAUGGACGGCCCCCCCAGGGUCUCAGAGCAGUGGAGGCAGCAGGUGGAGGAUGUGUCAGCGUCAGGCAGCCUCACGCUGCACCACUUAUCUUCAGAUCACCAGGGAACGUUCACCUGUGAACUCAGUAGUGAAGAGGAGACGCUCUUCAUCAACAGCUACGUGACGAUAGAGGAAGGUUCUUCAGGUUCAGUUGCAGGAAUUGUGGUCGGAGUCCUCGUUGUGUGUGUAGCAUUAGGAGCUGGAGCAGGAUUAUUAUACUUUAAAAGACAAAAGAGAAACGAAACGGAUCAUCCACCACCAGCAGCUACAGAGAUGAACAAUUUACAGUCAGUCAAUGAAGAAAAUAAUGAGAACACGUCAUGUGAAAAUAAAAAAAGGCUGCCUUGGAAAAAAAAGAACAAACAAAAACCUCUGGAUGAAGAAAAGGAGCUGAACACGUAGAAGAUGAAGACGUCAACUUGGAAACACGAGGAGGUUCCAGAUCUUUAGUUGAUGAGGUCGACGUCUGGUUCCAUGUGAACGAGUCCGACCCGGUCAACAUCCUGCUGCCUUCUUCUUCUGUGAGAGACCAAACGGCUUCAGCCACUGAACCAUCAAACCCAGUUGAACCCAGCUGCUGGUUUGAGGUGGAGACAUAGUGUUGCUCUAAGUCUGUUUUAACUCUGGACAACAUCCGACAGAGACUUGAAAACCAACAGAACCUGAAUGAAACAGCUGAGACCAAACUCAUCUGACACGUUCAGCAGACUCACAGAACCUGAACCAGGUUAAAGCUGAAUUAUAAUAAUUUAAAGCUCUGGAAAGAAUGUACAGAUUUGUAUUUUAUAUCUGGUACUGUUUUGUAUUUAUUAAAAUGUAUUUAUCUGAA